CCCGGCACGCCCCGCGGCCGGAGCCGCCUCAACAUGGCGGCGCCCAGGGGCGGCCCGGGCCCGGACUCAGACUCAGACUCGGACUCAGACAGCGGUGGCGAGGCGGCGGCGGCGGCGGCGCGGUUCCGGGAGGCGGCCUGGGACUGCGCGAAGCAGGCGGCGGUGGGAGCGGAGCCGCGGGGCGGUGGCUUUAAAAAAGAUCGGUUACAGUCUGCUCAGCCUAGCCUAAGGCGUGAGGUGAAUGGUCAUGAUGAGGAUGGAAAUGAGCUACAGACCACACCGGAGUUCAGAGCACAUGUUGCAAAGAAACUGGGAGCAAUGCUGGACAGUUUCAUCACUGUCUUGAAGGAUUCAUCAGGACCUUCACAAACCCGUGUGCAACAGUCUGAUGGCGGAGAUGAUGGUUUUCGCCUCUUCUCCUCCUCUGUCCCAGGAGACUGUGAGAAAGCAGAGUGUAGCCGAGCCGCAAGGAGGAGACAACCAUCUAGCUCCAGUGACCUGGACAGCGAUCAAGAGUGGCAAAGGUACCAGGAGGCUGCUGUGUCAGCUGCAGACAUUUUGAAGCAAAGUGCUUUUCCUGUGCUGUCCCAGGAUUCCAGCCAGAAUACGAGUCAGGGUUAUGUAGAGCACAGCCAGAAGAAAAAGAAGAAAAAGAAAAUUAAGGGAGAGAACAAGACUGAAAAGAAAUUAAUAGACUCGGCAGAGUGUGACCAGGUCAGCAAAGAUUUGCCACGAUUGUCUGCAAACGGGCAGCAUAAGAGACAAGACAGCAAUCAUACAGAGAACACAGCCUUGCCAGGAGCUGUGAAGAAGAAAAAGAAGAAGAAGAAAAAAAGUGAAUGAAGGUUUUGCUCUGCAAAUGCCAGGUGAUUGUGAUGAAGAAUGCAGAAAAUAAAAACUAAGAGUUGCUGUAGAUGAGGGAAAACUAAUUGGCAGAGCUUUUGUUCAAAAAGCUCAGUGGCUUGAGAGUCUAAUUAAGUGACUUCCUAUGUUGUUGGCAUCCCUUGUGGAAGGGAACGUUGUUCUAGUGAUGUGUUUAUCUAAGCCGCUGCUUAUGCAGACCCAACACAAAAAGAUUAAGUACUGCACACGGACUAGUGUGGCGAGGGAUAUAACUAUAGCUGUAUCCCUCCCGAUCUGUUCUUUCAUGCCCUGAAGCCAAAUCUUGUGUCAUGGAGAGAGUGUAUGAUGAAUUGAAUCUGGUUUACAUGGCAACAGGUGAUCGACUCCUCUUUGCUUGCUCCUAGAUGCCUACUAAGAAUAGCUCUGGCCUGUGGCAGGCUCAUGUAUCAAAAGCAUCCUGGCAGAUGUCAGGGCCCCCUUAUUUUUUUUCCCUUGUGAUCAUUGUAACAACCUGCUGUUGAAACCUGCCGUAUUACUAAUCCCUCUGUAGUCUGCACCUCAUCAGGGCUCCUGCAUAUAAGCAAAGGGUGUGCAGUGAGUUUAUUUUGGGCUUGUUACGAAUAGGUAGUUCUGGUCAAGCUGUGUCCUUUGAAAUGUGUUUUCUACAGCAUUUUUUAUUAAAUUCUACUACACUGUUAGUCUUAUUUAAUUUGGCAGCUUUUUUUUUUUCUCGUUGCAUCGAAAUGGCUUCCUCAGCAGAGAGAAAUAUGGCUGAAGAUGGCUUUUCAGUUGGUUCGUGAUCAAUGCUAUGAAAUUGCUACAGGAAGAACUUAAAUGUUAGUCACUGUGUCGGACCUUAUUUUGGUCGACUAUGACUUUUGUCUCUGAACUACAGUGGGCUUUAGUAGUUUUCAGUAUGGUUCUUAAUCUGUAUUUCAGCUCCAGUAUUUCAGGAAGCAACCUGUUAUUUGGAUAAAUAUUCGGCUUCUGGUUUUAAGACUGUUGGGUUUCAGUAACUAACUCAUUGUAACUUACUCAGGAGACUUAAAAGCCAGACAAGAGAAGUCAAAAUAGUGAACUGUUGUUCUUUGAGUAUGGGAAAACCAAAGAUGCUUGCUUUGCUACUGUAAAAUCCUUGCUGUAUUUCACUCAAGAACAUACAGUUAGCACGCAAAAAUUGAGAGACUGAGUAGAAAAUUGGCUUGUAAACAAAACGAAUGUGACAAACUUAUAGCCAGUUAAAAUUUCAGAAUACUGAAGCUAGCACCUAGGGUUUCAAAUAUAUAGUGGACUAAACAUUAUUUUUUGCCUUGUUUUAUGAUGACUUUUUUUUCUGACUCAAUAUAGUUGCAAGUAAUGCACAUAGGAAACUAGGAAGCCAUUCUAGGGUAAAGUUCCUCAGGGAAUGUAAUUACUGACAUUAAUUUCUGAUGCUUGACAGUAUCAAGAGGAAACUCUUGUCAAUAGAAACUCUAAUGGACGUCUGCAAUAUUGACAUUUCCAGAUAUG